CGUGCGCAGGGCUCCAGCGUGGGUGUCCGCGCCCCCGGCCCCGGUUCUGCCGCGGGGCUCGCGGCCUUGGAGGGCGGCGCCGUAACGCGGAUUCAGAGCUCGGGGCGCCCCCGCCCCCGCAGCCGCCACACCUGAGACCGCGUUGUCAACAACUGGGCGGAAACGCGGGCUACUGGCCGUGAACCACGUUUAUUCCCGUGUAUCACGGCGACAGGCGGUGGCACCUCGGCCUCGGCUGCCCCAAACGUGUGCGGCGGGGCGAGACCCCCUUCCUGCGCGGGCCCCUGGCGGCGUCCUGGGCGGGCAUCGGAGAUGGAGGACGGCCGUUCCCGUGCUCCUGGCGUCGCGGUCGCUGCGGCUGUGGCGGCCCCCGCCGGGGCUUCCGAGUCCGCAGAAAUCCUAGCCAUAGAUACGCCUCAUUCCAGGAAUUCUGCUCUGUAUCGUCUCACGAAGCAGCUAUUACAGAAACAUCACAAGAAAGUGAGGCCAGUUCACGACUGGACCGUGGCCACCACGGUACACCUGGACGUGCUUGUCCAUGCCGUAUUGGAUGUGGAUGCACAGAACCAAAAAUUAAAGACAAGUAUAUGGUACCAAGAGGUUUGGGAUGAUGAGUUUUUAUCCUGGAACCCCAGCAUGUUUGAUGAGAUUAGAGAGAUUUCUCUUCCUCUAAGUGACAUCUGGGCCCCUGACAUCAUCAUUAAUGAAUUGGUGGAUGUUGAGGGGUCACCUGACCUUCCGUAUGUCUAUGUGAACUCCUCUGGGACCAUUAAGAACUCUAAGCCUAUGCAGGUCGUUACUACAUGCAGUUUAGAGACAUACGCUUUUCCGUUUGACAUCCAGAACUGCAGCCUGACCUUCAGUAGCAUCCUGCACACAGUGGAAGAUGUCAACCUGGCCUUCCUGAGGAGCAGAGAAGAUAUUAAGCAAGACAAGAAAGAAUUUUUGAAUGACAGUGAGUGGGAACUUCUUUCCGUGUCCUCAACAUACAACAUCCUGCAGAGCAGCGCUGGAGAUUUUGCGCAGAUUCAGUUUAAUGUGGUGAUUCGCAGGCGCCCGCUGGUCUACAUCGUGAGCCUGCUGAUUCCCAGCAUCUUCCUAAUGCUUGUGGACCUGGGGAGCUUCUACCUACCACCUACCUGCCGGGCCAGGAUUAUGUUCAAGACCAGCGUGCUGGUAGGCUACACCGUCUUCAGGGUCAACAUGUCUGAUGAGAUGCCAAGGAGUGCAGUGAGCACCCCUCUGAUUGGGGUCUUCUUCACAGUCUGUAUGGCUUUCCUGGUUAUCAGCUUAUUUAAGUCCAUCCUGUUGGUCAAAUUGCUCUAUGAUGAGAGGAACAGCGGGCAGGAGCGGCCCCUCUUCUGCCUUCAAGGGGACACUGAUGUCGAUGGGCCUAGAGUAGAUCCCAGAGCCCAGCUUGCUGGGGUCCCAGAGCCCAUCUGUCGAGAGCACCUGGCCCCAACAGGAACCCUGGAGGAAGUCUGGUUCCAGCUUAAAUCCAUCAGCACCUACUUCCAAACCUGGGACCAGUCAGACCAACAGGAGGUUAAAUGGCUGGCCCUCCUGGAACGUUUUGACCGACUGCUCUUUCAAGCCUACACCAUCAUACUGGGGCUCUAUGCCAUCACCCUGUGCUCCCUCUGGGCCCUGUGGGGCAGCUCGUGGAGACUCAGGGCAGGCUAAUGGGUUUUGUGGAGAGGAGGGAAUGGAGCAUAAUGGGUUAAAAAGCUCCUCACCUCUUGUUGCAGUGCAGGUGUUCACACCUGCUGAGGUACUGAAUGACCUAGGAUGAAUGUAUUCAUGACAAAAAUGUCCAGAUAUCUCAUGGUAUACAGUGAAAAAGAAGCUUGCCUUCUUAUUCUAUUUCUCUCCCCAAAAGUGACCACCAUUAGGAAUUUCUUUCAGAAAAUGUCUAGGUACAUUACAUACAUACAUGUUUUGACA